AUGUGUUUCGGCCGUUCUGGGAUUUCCGGCUUCGUGGUUGGUUUUUUUGACUUUGACCUGCUCUCUUCGGAAGACGAGGAAGAAGUAGAUGAUGCUGAUGAGGAGGAGGAGGAAGUAGAAGAAGCAGAAGACGAUGUUUCCGUGGAAGUGGAGGACGUCUCGUCGGAGUCACUUGAAUCGUCUGACUCCUCGUCACUGCUGCUGCCGCUGCUGCUGCUGCUGCUGCUGGUAUCUUCAGUUGAUGUGGUGUCACUUGACGAACCCGACGAGGUGUCUGAAGUGCUCGACGUGGAAGUGUCGGAACUGGAGCUAUCGUCUUCACUAUCACUGCUGGAGUCCACUGGGACUUUGCGCUUUUCUUGUGGUGCCGUUUUUUCCUUCAUUUUGGAUAUUUUGUCAAUUUUUCUAAAAAAAUGCAAACAAAAGAUGGGGUUAUUGAGGUGUUAUUGGCAGACGAGAAACCGGACUAGCCAGUCUUGGGUGUUGCGAAUGCUUCGAAUCCCUUCCCCCUUCAAUAACCUGUCGACAGCGCAAAGAGUUUUUCUCAGUUCACGAAGGCUGCGCUGUCUUCUGCCUCUCCUUCUCACAGGCGCGGAGCUGUAG